AUGGCAGGACGACCAGACGCCAAGGAGGCAAGCGAGCACGCACGGCCCCUGCACCGGCACGGCGGCCGGGGCCUCAGCAUCGGCGUGGAGAUCGGCAAAGGCCGCUUCAAGCAUGUCAAUCGAGGAGUGCUGAAAGGCUCCGCCGUGCCGGACGAUGAUGAGGCAGAUCGCGACAUCGUAGUCAUCCGCUACGCCAAGGGGAAGCCGGAGUGCACGCUCGAGCUGCAGGUGCUCUCGCGUCUGGCGUUGGUUCCGGACGCCGGCGACCACAUCCCCAAGGUUUGGGGCGCCUGCGAGCAAGGCCGCGACUUGAUCGUGGUCCAGGAGCGCGCUUGCUUCGGGUGCCUGAAGGCCGUGGUGCAAGAGGGCCUGGGAGCAGAUCAUGGGCUCCGCGCCGCGGUGCAGAUUGCUGCGGGAAUGGACUGCCUGCAGCGGGCCCGUGUGGUCCAUGCAGACCUCUCCUGUCGGAACAUUUUGGUGAGCGCCAUGGGCAAGGACCCGGACUCCAUCCGCGUGAAGGUCACGGACUUCGGCCUCUCUGCAAUCAUCAAGGAGGGCACGGACCACGAGAUCCGCAAGCAGCCACAGGCCACACGGUGGGUGUCGCCUGAGACCUGCGCCUACCAGAAGUUGAGCCAUCGCGGCGACGUGUGGUCCACCGGGACGCUGCUUUGGGAGCUGUUCUCCGAUGGCCAGAUCCCUUGGGUGAACUGGCCCAAGAGGACCGAGGUUGCGACCAAGCUCAAAGCCAUGGCGGAGAAUCCCGAGGAGGCCUUCGAUGCCGCCGCCGAGUUCCCCGAGCAGGAGAAGUACCCCAGAGAGGCCCACACGGUGCUCUUGUCCUGCCUCAAGGUGGCAGAAGCGGAUCGGCCAGCUUUCCUGGAUCUUGCGGAGGAGUUCGAGAAAGUGAUCCGCCUCCAGGCCGACCGGGCAGCCGCCCCGGCGCAGUCCACCUCGGCGCCGGCAUCGGCGAAGGCAUCGCAGGUGAUCGAGCCGCUCCCGGCAGAGACCCCGGAGCCCGCGACGGAGCCGGAAAGAGAGGCCUCCUUGCCGCAGUGGUCGCAGAUGUCCGAGCCUGGCCAGGCCGAGCGAUCGCCCUCGCCUUCCUCCCGGACGCCCUCCACGCAGGCGUCUCCCGCUAAGACCUUGCUGGGCCGGGAGACCGACGCCGGUGCGCCGCAGAAGUGGGCUGCGAAGGGGGUGGUCCAGGAGGAGGUGAUCACCUUGAUCUCGCAGCAGAAGGAGAUGUUGGAGCUCCUGCACGCGGAGCUUACUGAGCUCCGCCAGACCAGGCGAAUCUCUCACUCGAAAACUCCCCUGCGCGAGAUGCUGAUCCCACUGACCGACGACGGCGCCCCCAUCAAGCCAGCCCACAUGGAGCUGAUGGCUGGAAGACCGGGGACCUGGACACUCCGUACGCUGGUGGGACCUGGCCUGAUGCGAAAGCAGGAGUUUGAGGACAAGGAGGAAGCGUGGCAGGCGUUCGUCUACUGCGCGGAUACUGUCCAACCCUGCCACCUUCUGGAUCCAACUGGCAACACGCGCGCCUCCUCCGGCUGGGUCGGCGCCAACCAGGUGGCUCGCGCCCAAGCGGCGAUGAGCCCUCCACCUCAGCCUCGCUUUUCCCUGCCGAUGGGCGCCACGACGCCGCCCCCUCCCGGCGUGGGUGUGCCGCUGGGCCUUCAGGGCCUCGGCGGCCUCGGCCCCGCGCUGCAUGCGGCGGCGGCGGGGCCCCUCGGAGUGGUGGGACUUCCCACGGAGCCCAGGGUCCGCUUCCUCUGCUGA